GGCGGUUUAAAUGAAAGGUCGAAAUGGAGAAGAUGUUCAGUAAAGUUGUCCAAGUCAACGUCAGAUGCAGAGAUUGUCAGGAAAGAAAAGCACAUAUUCGCAUUGCUGUUGAGCUUCAAUCAAGCAAAAGUGCAGUUCACAAACCAUUUUUGAGGAGGAAGAAGCAUAUGGAGAUGAAAUCAAGAACUUGCAGAACAUGAACUUAAGACAUGGGGAUGAAGAUAUAUUCACCUCCAAAACACAGAAUGGAUCUUCUGGUGAGAUUAACCGAUGAUCUGGAUCCGUCUUUUCUCUUCAACCUCACUAUUUCAGAGGAGGAUUAUCAAAGUUUAAAAGUGCAGCAGGGCCUACUCAUUGAUUUUUCAUCAUUCCCCGAAAAGCUGAUUGAGCUUCUUGGUCUGUGUCAGUCUGAGCAGCAUUCCAACCAUCCAAGGUUCCAGCUGCUCCUGUCAUGUGACUCUCCCCUACUCGAAGGUCUCGCCCUCUUCAGUGUGGUGGAGACAAAUUCCUUCAGAAACCUGAACCACCUAUCUCUGAGGUUUACUCAGGGCUCUGACAAACACAUCAAGGACUAUCUGGCAGAGUGUCUGUCUUCUCUCAAGGCGGAAAAACAAGCCGUGGAGGUGAAACUUCACAAAACUGAAGAGGAUCUGUCCAGACAGCUGAAUUAUGCUCAGCAGACUUUGUCAGAGAAGACCAAAGAGUUGGACAAACUGCGAUCGGAAUGGACUCUUCAAACCGGCUCGUUGUCCAGCCGUCAUUCAAACGAGCUGCAGGCCGAGAGGGAGAAGGUGUCGGAGUUAGAGAGCCGACUGCAGCAGGAGACUCAGAAGCUUCGCCACGACCUGGAGAGCGCUCACCUGGAGAGUAGCCAGCACCUUCAGACCAUCAGAGACCUCAAGGCCAAGCUGGCGGGGGCGGAGGAGGAAUGCCAGCGCUCUAAGCAGCAGGUCGGUUCACUGAGGAGGGAGAAUAACUCUCUCGACACAGCCCUCCACGAGAAGGAGCGUCUGACCAACCAGCUCCAGAUGAGGGUGGCUGUGCUGGAACAGGAAGUCAAGGACAAGGAUCAGCUGAUGAGCCGCACCAGGGAGGUGCUGGAGGCCACCCAGCAGCAGAAGGAAUCAGUGAAAGAAAAGGCAGAAACAAAAGAACAUGAGGUCAGAAAACUUGAGGCGGAGGUCAAGUUUUUGUCUGGUGAUGUGAAAAAGGCCGUUGAGAUCAUCAAGAAGUUUCAGGGUGAGUUGCGAGCUUGUUCCGACAAGAACAAAGCCCAGAACAUGGCGCUGGCGGCCCAGGAGAAGGCCGUCCAGGAGACCUCAGCCAAACUUGAGCGUGCUCAGGAGGACAUCCAUAAGACUCAGGAACGGCUCUCCGACAAGGACCAGCAAGUGGAGAAGCUGACGCAGCAGCUGGAGGCCAGCCUGAAGAAGCUCAAUGAUACCAAAGACUUAUUACAAACCAACGAGAACGUCAUCAAUUGGCUGAACAAGCAGCUCAAUGAGAAGGAGCUUUCUAAGAACCUUCCACAAGCUUUGGAGAGCACGUCUGCGUUGUCCUCCACAGGAUUUCGGACGCACUUUUAUCCACAGGCUGCCAAAGCGACGGCGUCUCCUGUGGUGGCUCCUGACCUCACUCCAGUUCCCAAACACACCAGCGGAUCUGCUGGUCUGGACCCCAAAUACUUUGGGAAGCAAGACAGUAUUCCUCUCUACGGCCUUCCCGCGAAUCUCCUGCUUCCCAGAGAGAUCCCACCUUCACAGAGCAAAGCGCCCGUGCCCUCAGCCUAUUUUACUAAUUAAACACAUCUUACUCGCACAAUUAUUUAUCAUAUUAAAAGUUGUAAAUAUA